CAAGGGCCCGAGAGCCGGGCGGCGCAGGCUCGCGCGCGUGUGCAGUUGCUUGUGACACGGAUCGCGCCGCUGCUGCUCAGCAGACGGGUUCUUCCCAUUGCGAUGGAACGAGGUUGGAUGAGAUUUGCAACAUUUGGCGUAUAGCAUCUGCAAAUGCACUAGUUUAACCGCUGAAAAAUGUCUGACCCAGUGGUAUUGCCUUUGUUCGGAACCCGGUGCCGAACCGUGAUAAGGCGCUCUGGGAAGGCAACCAACUCUGGCGCCGGCCAGCUAAUGGGUGAUUGCUCUCAAAGCAUCAGCCGAGCUGGCUUUGGAAUUGGCUUUAUAUAGGCUUUGCAAGCAAGAAGCUUGAAGGCGUGGGAUGUUGUGACUUCGGUUUUGUGCCAAGUGACGUGUGAUGUCCCAGCAAAUGGCAGUGUUCAGUGUGGUGCUGAGAGGAUACGCUGAGGUGCUGACAGUACUCUGGCACAGACCGGGUUUGCUUGCAGCUGGGUAGACAGAGCAGGAGCAAUGCCCCCAGGCCGGUGGUACGCAGUCCCUGCAGUGCAGGCUCCGGCUCCCAGAGAGCGAGGGCGCCUGCUGACUGUGAAGAAAGAGGAAGAGGAUAAAGGCUACUCCUCGGCGCAGACUGCCAGGCCGCAGACACUCAACCGCUCUGGCCAAGAGCUCUUUCGCCAGCUCUUCCACCAGCUUCGCUACAACGAGUCUUCUAGUGCCCUGGAGACGCUGAGCCGGCUCCGGGAGCUCUGCCGCUGGUGGCUGAGGCCAGACGUUCUCUCCAAGGCCCACAUCCUAGAGCUGCUCGUGCUGGAGCAGUUCCUGAGCAUCCUGUCCGGGGAGCUCCGGACCUGGGUGCAGCUCCACCAGCCUGAGAGUGGCGAGGAGGCCGUGGUGGUGCUGGAGGAACUUCAGUGGGAUCUGGAGAGCUUGCCACGGAGGGACCCAGGCCUUGACCCAAGCCCGGAUGUGCACUGGAUGGGCACUGCAGCCCUGCAGCCCUGCAGCCUUCGCAGACCUGGCCCCCCGUGUCACCACUCAGGAGUGACUUUGCUCCUGAACGCCCACUGGAGCCUCCCUGUGCUGAGACAGGAGGACGUGUUAUGGGGAAUUCCUUGCAGACUGGGCCAGGAUCCUCCUGCUGCCCUGGCACCUUCCCUUUCCCAGAGCGAGGGGACCCUAGGAAGCUGGCCCACAGCCACAAAGUCCCAGAUGCCAGAGCCACAGGAAGCCACGACUUUCAAGGAUGUGGAGGUGACCUUCUCCCAGGACGAGUGGGGAUGCCUGGACGCAGCGCAACGGAACCUCUACAGGGAUGUGAUGCUCGAGAACUAUGGGAACUCUGCGUCUCUGGCGGGCUCCUUCUCCAAACCUGCCCUGAUCUCUUGGUUGGAAACAAGGGGACCCUGGGGGCUGAAUGUGCAGAUGGCUCAGCCUGAGAGGCUUCUGGGCUCCACCCAGACAGGAGAUGAGCUCCAGACUAAGAUGGACGAAUUUGUCCCAGAAGAAGAACCUGUGGAGGAUGCAGAAGGAGUUGCUGUGGUGUCCAGAUGCCCUGUGACCAGCGUUCCAGAGGGAGACGGGCUCAGGGGAUCUUUCAAGCAGCAGAACUGGCUAAUGAAGCACUAUGUGAGAUUUAAGAAGGAAGAGUCAGAUUUCAGUCCCAGGGUAGAGGAAGAAUCUGAAGCACUAGGAGGAAGUGACACUCUUGACCUGAAACAUGUUACAUAUUUAGUUUCCAGGAAAAAGCGUUCCCUGAAACAUGGCUAUGGCAGACACUUGCAGAAAAGUUCACACCAUUAUGAUUAUAAGAAAUGCGGAAAGGGGCUCAGACAUGAGGCAGGGAACUUCGGCGUCCACCAGAGAGCUCAUGGCGGGCUGACAGAGAGUGAAAAGGACCCCUGUGGGCAGGGCUUCAGCCUCGGAGCUGCUCACCAGCAGGAGCAGGGCCUGUGCACAAGGGGAGCGUUGUAUAGGUGCCGGGACUGCGGGAGGACCUUCAAGCAGAGCUCCCACCUUGAGUACCACCAGAGAAUUCACAGCCAGGAGAAGCCAUUUAAGUGCAGACUGUGUGAGAAAGCUUUCAGGUGGAGCUCCAACUGCAUUCGUCAUGAGAAGAUUCACACUGGAGUGAAGCCUUACAAGUGUGGUGUGUGUGACAAGGCUUUCCAGCGCCUGUCAGCCUAUUGUCUACACCAGGAAACCCACACGAAGCAGAAAGUGGAGGUGAACCAGUAUGAAGAAGUCCUCACCUACAGCUCAGAGCUGGAUUCUCAUUUGAGAGACCAGAGUGAGGAGAAGCCCUUUGACUGCAGCCAGUGUAGGAAAUCCUUCCACUGUAAGUCCUAUGUCCUUGAACAUCAGAGAAUCCACACACAGGAGAAACCUUAUAAGUAUGGUGAGCACCAGUGCCUGUCAGCUCCCGAUGUCAGCAGCUGGGGCCUGCCGCUGCUGGCCACUCCUGGGCGCCUCCACCAGCUGUAG